AUGGUUCAUCAAACACGUACACCCAGCAAGGCCAUCCCAGCCAAACACUUGAGUCCCAUGCGUAGCAUGGAUUCACCCAUGGGCAAAUAUGCUGUUUCCAGUAGUCCGGCGGAUAGUUUCCUGCGGAACACACGACUCACUGUGAGUGCCGCAGGAUCGGGAGGAUCUAAUGCUUCGCUGUAUAAAUACAACAACAUGGUUAGCAAUAAUCGGGAGCAGUUCAAUGCCCUCCAUUUCUGCUAAGACCGAGAUAGAUGCUAAACAGAGACGAAUGAAAUGAAAUAAAGUAAAAUUGUUUCAAAUCAA